GUGUAGUGUGUACCUUUAAAUACGCUUUGGAUUAAAACGUGACGUAUAGUGUACUUUUAAAGAUAAAAUAAAUCGACAAAAAUGAAAACCACUAAGAAAACCCACCAAUUUAAAGCUCUAGAAUUAAAACUAAACGAGAACUCAGUAUCGCCGCAUGUAAUUUAUUUCAAAGAGCAUUCUGUGAGAGAUCACACAAAUGACAAGCCGUCUGGACGAACAUUGCUUAUAAUUAACGUGCCACCAUAUGCCGAUGAAAAGGGAUUAAUGAACGCUUUUAGUGCUGCUGGAAAAGUGCAGUCUGUUAUAUUUUCCACAUCAUCAAACACUGUAUCAACCGACACAAGUUCACAUGCAUUUAGUAAAGAAAUACAGAAACCGUCAUUUAAAAUAUGCUAUUUAGUGUUUAAAAAAGUCGCAGAACUAGAUAAAGCUCUUAAAUUAACACAAUUGAACCCCAUGAAUGCAAAUGGAUAUGAAAUUAAAGUUGGUAUGAAAAAAUGGAUUGAACAAUACAAUAAUUCUAUAGAACAACCAAAAACAAUCAAAGAAAGGAUAGAAGCGUUUAUGAAAAAUCAUGACAAGAAAACAGAGUUAGAAGAAAAACAAGAAAAGGAGCUCGAGCAAGAGGAUAGUGAAGGAUGGGUGACGGUUACAAAAAAAGGUAAAAUUCAAAGUUUUGCUCGGACAGAGAAAGUGGAAAAUAGGAUAAUGGCCAAAGAGGAAAAGAAUAAAAAACGAAAGGAACUUAAGAACUUCUACACUUUCCAAAUCAGAGAGUCCAAAAUGAAACAUAUCGUGGCUCUGAGGCAGAAGUUUGAAGAAGAUAAACAAAAGAUUGCACAAAUAAAACAGAGCCGCAGAUUUAAGCCGUUUUGAAAUUAAAGUUUUUAUUUACAUUACAGAA